AUGGAGCACUUCAGUGGUGAUGGUGAUGCCCGUGAUGAUGAUGAUGGUGACCAUGGUGAUGUCCAUGAUGAUGAUCAUGAUGUCCAUGGUGUCCAUGAUGAUGAUGGUGAUGUCUUGCUUCUACUGACCGUUUAUGGUGGUGUCCGUGAUGAUGAUGAUGCCCAUGGUGGUGGUGAUGAUCAUGGUGUCCGUGAUGAUGAUGAUGAUGAUGGUGUCCGUGAUGAUGGUGAUCAUGAUGUCUUUCUUCUAAUGAACGUUUAUGAUGGUGAUGAUGUCCAUGGUGGUGGUGAUGGUCAUGAUGCCCAUGGUGAUGGCCAUGAUGCCCAUGAUGAUGGUGAUGAUGAUGCUUUGCUUCUAAUGCACCUUCAGGCUUUCCAGAGGCAAAAUCGAAAAUGA